AAUGUUAGAGAACACCCCCACCCACCCACCCGGCUCACGUUAGUAUUGAUGUUACACGCACUUUCUCUCUUUCUUUGCAACUUCUGAAUUAAUGUGAUUAUACUUUUUUCUCACCCCCUUCAAAAAUUGCGUUUUUUCAGGGUUCUUGCUUGCACCCAAAAAAUAAAAAUCCUUUUUUUAUUGUGAAAAAUUGCAUUUUUCACUCUUCAUUGAUGUCAAGAAGCCAAAAAUGGAUAUUUGUGAAUUGAAUUGGAGAAUGGGUUUCUAUCUAGAUUAGGGGAUUUAAUUUUGGAGUCACACUUUAGGUAUUAGGGAUUGAAUUGGUAAUUUAGGGUUCUAUAGUUUUAAUUUCAUUACAAGUUGCAAUUGUAAUUUCUGAUUGGUUUUGAAAUGGAUGACAUUGAUGAUGAUGCAAUUGCAAGAUAUCCCUCUAACCAAUAUGGUGUUGGUUACCCUAACAAUCAAGGGUAUGGUUAUCUGAAACACCCUUUGAGGAAUUCUUCAUAUUCCCAUCCAGCUGCAAAUGAAUCUACCCGAGAUUAUGAUCAUGUCGAUGAUGAAGAUCGGUUAGGAGGGAACGAUGAUGAAGAUCGGUUAGGAGGGGACGAUGAUGAAGAUCGGUUAGGAGGGGAUGAUGAUGAUGAUGAUGAUGUUGUUGAUGAAGACCGGUUAGGAGGGGAUGAUGAUGUUGUUGUUCAUGAUGAUGAUGAUGAUGAUCAACAUUCCCUAAAGCAGGCUGAUGAUGAUGACUCCGAUGGGGGUGGUGAUGAAAAUGAUGAUAAUGACCGACUAAGUGAGGAAUAUGGUUAUCUGAAAGAUUCUGCGAGGAAUUCUCCAUAUUCCCAGCCAUUUGUGAAUGAAGGUAACAAUGAUGAGGAUGAAGAAGAUGAAGAGCGAUUGGUGGAGGAAGAUGAUGAUGUUGUUGAUAUUGAUCAAAAUAACAAUGGUCAGCUUUCCCUAAAGCAUGCUGAUGAAGAAGAUAGUAAUGAUGAGGAUGGGGAUAGGGAUGAAAAUAUUGAUAACAAUGAUGGUGGUAAUGACAAUAAGCAGGAAAGUUAUGCCAUGAUGAAUGAAGAUGAAUUAGAGUGGCGCCCAAAAAAGCAAAAGCUAAAGAGUUUGAUGUCAACUUAUGAAUUUGCAGCUCGGGUGCCGACACCGUCAGCUGCAGCUGCUAAACGAUCUUUUGGGGUUAGGAAUUCCCUUACUGAAUGGACUGAGAAGGAGACAUUUGUUCUUCUUGAUGCUUGGGGUGAUCGGUUUCUGCAACAUAGAAGGAAGAGUCUUCGAUCUGAGGAAUGGCAACAAGUUGCAGAAAAGGUAUCAGUAGUUUCAAAAGUUGAAAGAACGGGUACUCAAUGUAGAAAUCGUUUAGAUACAUUGAAGAAAAAAUACAAAAAGGACAAGAUUAAGUUUCAAGAUAUGGGUGGUGGAGAUAGAAAAUGGGUUUAUUUUCAAAAGAUGGAUAAACUAAUGUCUUCUCCACCACAACAAGCAAGACUCUCCUGUCGUUCGAACUCAAGAGAGCGUAUUUUUAUGAAGCCUGGAGUUUAUGUAAAUCAUGCAAAUGAGAUGGAUGACAUGAAGAAGGAUAGUCCUCCUGAAAAUACAGAAUACGUCCGUGUAGAAGGUUUCGAAGGGCCUCGCCCAAAGAAAAGAAGGAAAGGAAGGGGAAGUGAUGAGGCUUCUUCCUUCAAAUUACUUGCGGAUUCCAUUCAGAAUUUUGGUAAGAUAUAUGAGAAGAUUGAAAAUAGUAAAAGGCAGCAGAUGAUGGAACUAGAAAAGAUGAGGAUGGAUUUCCUCAACGAUUUGGAAGCACAAAAGAGACAGAUUUUUGAAAGAUUGCAGAGUGAGAUUUUAAAAAUCGAACAAAGAGAUGAUUAGAAUGCUGAUUCUGAUGAGUCUGUUAUUUGAUGUUUGAACAAAGCACAUGCCCAUUUUUACAAUGUUGCUGACAUAUAACUUAAUUGUGGAAAAUUGGAAAUGGGGCUGCAAGAUUAAACUUGUGAGUCAUGAACAAAUCAUUCACAAAGGUUGUACCAAUUAAGAACCGAAAAAAAUCAUAAAUCGGAAGCAUGAGUUUUUCCCACGAGUAGAAGUUUAUAAAAUGCUGAUAGAGAAGAUUAGAGAAUAUGUUACAAGGUAAGAUCCAGAGAUACAAUCUAUUAUUCUUAUCAGUUUGAAUUCUCAGAAUUCAACACUUUUUGAGGGCUAGAUAGACUACUAAAUAUUUCCAAAUACCAUCAAACUUGGGAUUCUUGAAGGAUUUUUUAGGGGAUUAUGAAGUAAUUUUCUUUCAUUAAAAUGGAAAGUUCAGUUGAGAAUUCUCUGAUUUGUAAGUUAAUCAUUAUUAACCAGAACAAUAUGUAUUAUGCAAUACUCAGCCAAAACUAAGCUGCUUACAUAUUACUACUGUGUUAUGCCUUAUUAUGACCAUGUUAGACUUUAAUGAAUAAAUGUGUCUGUAUUCAAAGA